CUCGAUCCGCGCCGCUUAGCCAACAUUGUAAACCUCUUGUCGUUCCUUUCUGAUACGCGUUAUCUUGCGCUUUGUUCACCAUCCUACUUCGACGGCAGCCGUGCAAUUGGGUUUUUGCUUGGGAGGACGCGUUUGAAGCGUUUUUUAGACGCAGUGUGGGAAUAAAGGGCAUUAUGACUAGAGGAACGGCGUCAGGGACGCUGGGAGGCGUGUCGAUGAAGCAUCUUUCUCUUAUCACGCUCACAUUCCAGAACUCGGCGCUCAUUUUGGUCAUGCACUACUCGAGAGUUAUGCCCUUGGUUGGCGGGCAGAGAUAUCACACAAGCACAAGCGUAUUUUUGAACGAGGUGAUAAAACUAGGCAUCAGUUUGACCAUGGCAUUAUACGAGAUGUCGAGAACCGCGUCUCCGAACACGACCGCAGCGACCCUGUUCUCCAACCUCACGACCGCCGUGUUUGCGAACGAGAGCUGGAAGCUCGCGAUACCAGCAGUGCUAUACACGAUCCAAAACACACUACAAUACGUCGCAGUUAGCAAUUUGGAUGCGGCCACAUUCCAGGUCACAUACCAGCUGAAGAUCCUUACGACUGCUAUCUUCAGUGUCUUGAUGCUGGGUAGAUCGCUUUCGUCGCGCAAAUGGAUAUCAUUACUGCUUCUCAUAAUAGGCGUGUCCAUAAUACAGGUCCCGCAGGCCACCUCUCAGCCAGCCGGGGACGCGCUGAAGGCAGCAGAUUCGAAAGUCUGGGCGCGGACACUUGAGACAAUGCACAACCUCGGUAGUCAUGCUGCAGCACGGAUGGCAAGGCGAUCCGCUUCAUACGAGGGUAUCAAGGAAGAUGGCACUAUGCAAACUGCACACAUGAAUAGUCAGGUUGGUCUGAUUGCUGUUUUGGUCGCAUGUGCAUUGUCCGGCCUUGCUGGAGUCACUUUCGAGAAGAUUUUGAAAGAUUCAACAAGCGCCAAAAACACAUCACUGUGGGUGCGCAAUUGUCAGCUUUCGUUCUGGUCUCUAUUCCCAUCGCUGUUUCUCGGCGUCUUGUGGAAAGAUGGCGAGAUCAUAGCGAAGACGGGCUUCUUCGCCGGAUACAAUUGGGUCGUGUGGACAGCCAUCAUGUUCCAGGCAACCGGUGGCGUUAUCGUGGCACUAGUCAUCAACUACGCGGACAACAUCGCGAAGAACUUCGCAACGUCGAUUUCGAUUUUAUUCAGCUGCAUUGCUAGCGUAUACUUCUUUAACUUUAAGAUCACCCGAUCGUUCUUUCUCGGCACUUGUGUUGUACUAUUCGCGACAUACUUGUACACCAAACCAGAGCGAACCCCCCUUCAGACUCCGGUAGGGAUUGCAAACUUUGAGAAGACGACUGUUGAUCGCAAUCCAUUGUCUCACGAGUAUGACGAUGUGCAUGGCAGUACCACAAAAGGUCCACUCCGAUCAAAUGGAUCAAGCACCUCAAGGCCUAACAAGUGUGUCGAAGACAUGGGCCCAAAUGUCGGAGCAUUUGUCGCAAUGAGUGACGAUGACGACUACUACCUGCACGAAGAUCUCGACCGUGGAGACUCCGCACAUCAGGCACCGCGUUCUAAGGUCUUUGCCGCUCAUCUCAACCAGCCAGCAACGCCGGUUGCACCACGACAGCGCUAUCGUGCUACUCAAUACGAUCGCCCAAUUUACGAUGUAGUCGAAGACGAUGACCAAUACAGCCAAGGCGAGUCUUUCGACGCAUUCGAUCAGAAAUCAAUGCAACAACCGUAUGAAGACCGCCAGCGACAGGCUGUGCAAGGGAAGGGAAGAUUGUCGCUUGCUCCUGGUCCAUCGAAGUACUUCAGUAAUGCUGCGCCAUCCCAGUUACAGACCCAGUAUUAUUCUCGCGACGACGACGACGGGUACGCCGGAAUAGAACACCAAGGUGGCCCUGAGCAGGGCAUUUUCGGACAAUUGAGUCAUUUCGCCUACGGUAACACUCAGCCACCUGGGUCUAGCUCUGACGUGCAAGUUGGACCAUCCUCCAGUCCGGCUUUGAGGGCGGCCCGUCGUCGAGCGGAGCAGAACAGCCCAGUUGCGCAACAACAUGCCCCAGGGCUGCAGUCAUUUGGGAAUGAGCGACACACUCAAUUUGGUCAGAACCAAGAUUCCACGCAACCUCUUCAACAGGCCAUUUCGACCAAUCUUCAGACACUUGAACACGAAGAACGGUUCCCUCUCGCACAACCGAAACAUCAUGUCGAGCGCUCGUAUCAACAUAUAACUCCUAUGAGGUCAACACUUAGGCAGAUGGACCUACUGCAUGCCCCUCCUAUUGUUCAAGGUAUUCGGCUAGUGCCAAUUACGUGUCUUCCAGAUCGGCUUCGAACGGUGUUCCCAUAUCCAACUUUCAAUGCCGUCCAAUCUAAGUGCUUCGACAAAGUAUUCAAUUCUGGCGAUAACUUCGUACUCGCGUCACCUACUGGAAGUGGAAAGACAGCUAUCUUGGAGCUAGCCAUCUGUCGGGCUGUUGCCACCAGCGCAACUGGCCAGUACAAGGUCAUCUACCAGGCGCCGACAAAAGCGCUAUGUUCUGAACGCCAGCGUGACUGGGAGACGAAGUUCAAUCAGAUUGGCCUGAAGUGUGCUGAACUUACGGGUGACAGUGAUGCAUUAGAUCUUCGUAACGUCCAGAGCGCCAAUAUUAUUGUUACGACACCAGAGAAAUGGGACAGCAUCACGAGAAAGUGGAAGGAUCAUGAAAAGCUGAUGCGACUUAUUAGACUAUUUCUCAUUGACGAAGUCCAUAUUCUCAAGGAGGACCGUGGCGCAGUCCUAGAAGCGGUCAUCUCGCGGAUGAAAUCUAUCGGUACCGAAGUCCGCUUUGUAGCUUUAUCAGCAACGGUCCCAAAUUUUCAAGACGUGGCAGCCUGGUUGGGCAAAAGCACGACAGAGCCAUAUUCUCCCGCCGCGUACGAGAAGUUUGGUGAAGAAUUUAGGCCGGUGAAGCUUAGAAGACACGUCUGUGGCUAUGCCUGUAACAACAGCAACGACUUUGCGUUCGAGAAGGGCCUCGACGCAAGGCUUCCGGAGGUAAUCUCGAAGUACUCUGAGUCCAAACCAAUCAUGAUCUUCUGUGCAACCAGGAAUUCCACCGUUAACACCGCAAAGCUAAUCGCGAACUGGUGGAUCUCGAGACCUGUGCGCGACCGCAUGUGGAACCCUCCAUCGAAAAUACCUGCUGUACUCAACAAAGACCUCCGGGACAUCGUUACUUCGGGUGUGGCUUUUCACCACGCUGGGCUUGAUCUAGACGACAGAAUGCAAGUCGAGAAGGCCUUCUUGACUGGUGAGAUUAACGUUAUUUGCUGCACGUCGACACUCGCGGUAGGUGUUAACCUGCCAUGUCACCUCGUUAUAAUCAAGAAUACCCUGUCUUUCACGGCGGAGGGUCUCCAAGAAUACUCUGAUCUCGAGAUGAUGCAGAUGCUGGGCCGUGCAGGUAGACCACAGUUUGAUGAUAGCGCUAUAGCAGUCAUCAUGACUCGGCAGACUAAGGUUCGUCAUUAUGAGACGCUGGUCACUGGCCAAAAGCUACUGGAAAGCAAGCUUCAUCUUAACCUCAUCGAUCAUCUGAACGCUGAGAUCGGUCUUGGAACUAUCAGUGAUCUCCCAUCGGCCAGAAAGUGGCUCGGUGGAACAUUUCUUUAUAUUCGGCUUCAGAAGAAUCCUGCACACUACAAGCUCGAAGGUGCUACACGUUGUCAAAAUAUCGAAGAGCAGGUAGACGAUAUCUGUUUCCGUGGGAUUACUCUACUACGAGAAAACAAUCUCGUUUCAGGCCAAGAGUACUUCCGAUGCACAGAUUUUGGUCAUGCUAUGGCGCGAUACUACGUUCACUUCUCAACUAUGAAAGUGUUCAUGGGUCUUCAGUCAAGAUCUUCGCCCUCGGAAAUCCUAUCGGCCAUCUCUCAGGCUUCCGAAUUUUCCAACAUACGCUUUCGACAAGGUGAGAAAGGUUUUUACAAGGGUCUCAAUAAGUCACCAUCGGUUCGCUGGUCCAUCCCCGUCAACCUGGAUUUGCCUGCCCAGAAAGUGUCCUUAAUCAUUCAAUCUGUUCUCGGAUCUGCAGAUAUCUCUUGGGACGGCGAGAUGGUCAAGUACAAAUCACAGUACAUUGCAGAGACUCAAAUAGUCUUUAAAAACAUCCACAGCUUGAUUCGAUGUAUUAUCGACUGUCAAAUAUGUUUGGACGAUGCAACAAGUAUCCACAGCGCUCUGCUAUUGGAACGAAGCCUAGGUGCUCGAGCAUGGGAUGACAGCCCCUUGCAAAUGAAGCAGAUUGAAGGCAUUGGCGUCGUCGCGGUUCGGAAGUUUGUCAACGCUGGUAUCAGAUGCAUGGAUGACCUCGAAGGUUGCGACCCCCAUCGCAUCGAGACUAUUGUUGGCAGAAAUCCUCCAUUCGGUCUCAGGAUCUUAGAUAAGGUCAAACAAUUUCCAAAGCUUCGUGUGUCAAUUCACGUGCAGCCGCCAUCAGUCACGAAAGUGCCGAAUGGGGUGAAGAUCCAAGUCAAAGCGGAGAUUGGAUUCAUCAACGAGAAGCUGCCACAUCGUUUCGCCGGUAAACCAGUCUAUGUCUGUCUUCUUGCGGAGACUUCUGACGGGCGCAAAAUACAUUUCGCUCGUAUCAGUGGUCCAAAACUAGGUCCUGGACAGAGCUUAGUGUUUCCAGUACUCUUGACGGGCGUAGAUCAGAGCAUCAACUGUUAUGUCAUGUGUGAUGGGAUUGCGGGCACUAUGCGUGCAGCAACGGUGAAACCGCAGAUUUCCCCCACAAUGUUUCCGGCCCCUAAGCUGAUUGAAUUGGACACAUCGCAUCAACCCAACAUGUCCAAACGCCGCACAGAAACACCCAAAGUAGCCCGAAAGCGAUCGGCUGGUAGUGAAGAUUUUGGAGAUGAUGGCAUCGACGAUAACGAGCUCAUGAAGGUUUCCUUAGACUAUCUAGAGUUUGAUCACAUCGACAACUACAUCAAUCCUACCGAUGCCAUCACACAAAAGAACACUCCAAAAAAUUGGUCCAAUAAAGACAACAGUACAGCAAAGCAGACGAAAACCACUGCUGAGGACCAUGUCCAACAGCCAGUACAGCUUACGAAUGGGAAAUGGGCUUGUAAUCACCCCUGCAAGAACAGAAUUACUUGCAAACAUAUGUGCUGUAAGGAUGGCAUGGACAAACCAACAAAGAAAAAAGUCAUGACGAAGCGUGGUUCGUUGGGUGAAGAACAGCCUCAGCCUAGGCAGGUGGAAGCAAGUCAGAAAGGGAAGGAGACGCAGACGAAAUUACAACUCACAACCUUGAAACGGAAGAGCUCCGCUCCAAUCGAGGAGCUGGACCUGACACAACAAGAGAAGAAGACUAAGUCGGAUGAUUAUUCCACCAUCGGGCCCCGAGAGUUUCGCGAGCUGCAUCAGUUACACAAGACUGUCCAGAGAAAGGAUAUUCCCUCUUCUCUUCACUCGGUCAUGCACAAGAAACCGGCCUACUGUUACUCUCAGGGUGGUGAACAUAAUCUGGCUUUCAUGCAUCGGCCCUCUCUAGAGCGCCCCCAGUCAUCGAGCGACUACGGCGAUGUAAAAUUCACCGAAACCUCUUCACUCUUUAGUGCCCCUCAACAGCGCUCCACACAAGACCCUAUUCAAUUUAGUGAUUUACCGGAACUUGAUGAGGAUAUGGAUUACCCAACGACAGCAACAGUCACCUUUUGUGGGUCCGAGACAUUUGGUGAUGACGACUCCCUUCUCGGAGAUGCUAUGAUUGGGCUAGCGGACUCACAAAGCCUACGAACAGAGGAUUGUGAGAAAACAGAUGUCAUGCUAGCCCUGGGGGAAACUGCAGACCUGAUGGAUAAUUCAAAUUACCGAGAAGAAGACUUACUUCUGGACAUCGAAGGAGAUAGCGUUGACAGCUCUAGCGCUCCCGAAGAAACAUCCACAGCUGUAGCUCACCUUCGCAAGGCCUCAGCACAGUCACCUCAGUUCCUAUACUUGGAGCACAAAGAAAGUUCUCAGGCUUCACAUGUCACAGUGAAGCCAAGCCAGAGCAUGCUGGAAGAGCUAGAGCUGAAGGAGCUCAAGCAGCCUAAUGUUGUCCCGCCCAUCUCUUAUAGAAGAUCGACCGCAAAAUCUAUAGUUCAAGAAGAUGAUGCCUCUGGAAUGCUAGAGGCUCAGUCAGUCGAGAGCGUGGCAGCCAAGGGGAAACCUGUUCCCAAAGCCUUCAAGGACCUUGAGCCAUGGCUAUUUCAGGAGUUUGGUGACAUCGUUGAGCUUGUUGACGGAUAAAUUUCUAGGGGCAAUGUGUAAGAACGAGUGGAAUUUGAUACCAUGGAUGUCGAGCGCUAAGUGAUCUCGCGAUGGGUGGAAGGGAACGGUAUGCAAUUGUUGUUCUGAGGUUCCCGAAUGCGUCAUGACUUCUUGCAAGGG